GAAAAAAGCAAACACUUUGGCCUUCAAAAGGGGCAUAAGAUCAAAAUCCAGAGUUGUUUAUAUUAUUCUAUUCGAUAGCUCAGGAUUACAACCACUGAUACCCAGUCACCUCAGAGAGACGUAUAAUUAAAUGACUGCACCGCGACUUCAGCACAUUCAAGAUCACCUGGUCCCAAGAAAGUGUAACUCCUGGGCGGUCAGUAUGUCCCUGAGCCCACUCACCACCCACGCCCUCAACACUGCCGAAGGUAUCCCUGCUGCUCGACUCCCUGUCAGCGUUCACAGGCUGGACAACGAGGAAUGGAAAGAGAUGGCCAAAGGGGUUACUAAUUCAGAUGGCAGAUGCCCAGGUCUGCUUACGUCACAGACUUUUAUUCCUGGGAUAUACAAGAUCAAAUUUGCAACAGACAAAUAUUGGCAAUCAUUAGAGAGAGCAAGUUUCUACCCAUACAUUGAGGUUGUCUUCAACAUUUCCGAUGCAAGUCAGAAAUACCACAUUGCUCUUCUCUUGAAUCCAUUCUCGUAUACUACCUACCGAGGAUCCUAAAUGUCCUCACCAAUGCAAAGGUUCAUGGUAGAGAACAUAUUGACUGGUUGCAUCAUGGCAUCGUUUGGCAACUCAAUCACCCAGGAAUAAAGAAGAUCACAAAACGUGGUGGGCAAUGCCCAGUCAAUCAAUGAUACUGACUUCUCCACCAUCGAAUUAUGUGCAGACAGUUAAGAGUUGGUCUUGGCAUCAUGUGUGGUAGACUGUGGGAUGAAGGGACUGUGCUUGUGCUGUGCUGUUUGAUGUACUAUGUGUGAUUUGUGACUGUGAACAGGUAACAGUGCAUAAUUAGCAAUUUUGAAUGCCCCACUCUGAAAAGGGCAUUAUAUUCUUGAUCGUGUAUUACAUAGAUUCACCAAGAUAUCAAGGCAGGGUGACAAUAGUUACAAGAAAUCUGAGGUUUGGGUAUUAGUCCACUGGAGCCAGUUGAAGCAUAGGCAUGGAACAUUCAAUUACUUUCAUUGCAAGUAUCAUCAAAGAUUAUGGUCUCUGGUCAAUAGGGCAACGAGUUUUCAAUUUGAUUAAUAAAAGACUGAUGAGAUUGGUUGAAAUGAUUAAAUCUUUUAGUAGCAGAUUAAUGAAAUAUUUGAAGCAGCAGAAGGUGCAUUGCAAGUGAGGCCACAGGCGUAGUUCUGAAUUGUUCUAACAAGAAG